AUGUCCAGCUAUGAGAUGCACCUACACGACACCCACCCCGACUACGACAACCUCCAACACCCAACCCAACACAACAUAAUCAACAUCGGCCGCUUCACAACAACCCACAAACUAAACGAAAAAAUUGUCCGCAAACUCCCCACCGACAAAUCAAACCCCAUAAACGUCCAAGCCCUCGACAUCGAAUCCCGCAUCUACCAUCAUCUCGGUGAACACAAGCACAUAGCGCGAUGUCUACGGUGCUGCGAGGAGUAUAUUGAUCUACGAUAUGAGCCAUAUGGGGAUUUGCAGGCGUUUUUGAGGAGGGAAGGGGCCACUGGGAAGGUGGAUGAUGCGUUUAGGUAUGGAGUUGCGAGGCAGACGAUUGAGGCGGUUGCGUUUAUUCAUCAAAAGAACAUCAUUCAUUCGGAUCUGUCGGCAAGACAAUUCCUCGUCGAUGAAAAGAAAAACAUCCGGUUGAGUGAUUUUGGGGGAUCGUCGUUACAUGGCUCUGAUGCUAUGGUCAUUGAGGGGCCUACGCAUUACAUGCCGAGGGGUGAGAGGGAGCCGAAUAGUGUGCAGAGUGAUAUAUUUGCGCUUGGGUCGACGCUUUAUGAGAUACUAGUUGGGAAAAUGCCAUACGAGGAGAAACCGGAUGAGGACAUUAGGAGGCUUUAUUCAGAGAAAGUGUUUCCGUUAGAUCAGAUUGGGCAUGAGGGAUGGAGGGAGGCUGUGAGGAAAUGUUGGAUGGGGGAGUAUAAAUCUGCGGAUUAUGUGCUUAGAGAUAUGUCGAAGCAUCAUCAUACUCUUACUAAGGAGCUUUCCAAGGUGAAGCAUGCCCUUGAGGGUUGA